GAGUAAAACGUCCGGUCCCGGUGUGUGGACGGUUACUGUCGGACGGCUCGCUUGAAGUCAAUGGAUUUCCUGAAAUGUGUAAUAGAAGCGCAAAGGGUUAUACUGUCUGUAAUCCUCUCUCUGAGGAUAUUAAUGUGAUCGUUUUCACAGCUGGCUGUAAGGCCUGGUCGACUUGUUUCCGUGCAGAUAAACUCAGUGUGUGGAGGGAAACAGGCAGGGGUGUUUAGCACUGAGAAACUGCAUUUGGGUUUGCUUCUGCAAAGAAAGCAUUUGGAUUUUGGAGUGAGGAGAAAAAAAAAAUCCGAAAAUGAACCGCAAGAAGGAUAAGGGCUUCGAGAGUCCGCGCCCGUAUAAAUUAACUCAUCAGGUGGUGUGUAUAAACAACAUCAACUUCCAGAGAAAGUCAGUCAUUGGCUUUGUGGAGCUGACGCUCUUCCCCACUGUGGUCAACCUAAACCGCAUCAAGCUGAACAGCAAGCAGUGCCGCAUUUACAGAGUGCGAGUGAAUGAGCUGGAAGCACCCUUCAUUUACAAUGACCCCACACUGGAGGUCUGCCACCAUGAGUCAAAGCAGCGGAACCUGAACUAUUUCUCUAGUGCUUAUGCUGCAGCAGUGAGUGCUGUGGAUCCGGAUGCUGGAAAUGGAGAGCUCUCAAUUAAAGUGCCAGCUGAGCUUUGGAAGCAAGGAGACGAGAUGAAGGUGCUAAAGGUGUACAUAGAGUUCUCACUGGACCAGCCGAAGGGGGGGCUGCACUUUGUUGUUCCAGACAUGGAGGGCAGCAUGGCUGAAAGAGGAGCUCACGUUUUCUCCUGUGGAUACCAGAAUUCCACACGGUUUUGGUUUCCCUGUGUCGACUCGUACUCGGAGCUAUGCACGUGGAAGCUGGAGUUCACCGUGGAUGCCUCUAUGGUGGCCGUGUCAUGCGGCGACCUCAUGGAGACUAUCUACACUCAUGACAUGCGCAAGAAGACUUUUCAUUAUGUGCUGCCCAUCCCAACUGCUGCCCCCAACAUUUCCCUGGCAGUUGGACCAUUUGAGAUCCUCGUGGACCCCUAUAUGCAUGAGGUCACGCAUUUCUGCCUGCCUCAGCUGCUCCCGCUACUUAAACACACCAUGUCCUACCUGCACGAGGUGUUUGAGUUCUAUGAGGAAAUUCUGACCUGCCGUUACCCGUACUCCUGCUUCAAGACCGUAUUUGUGGAUGAGGCCUACAUGCAGGUCUCCUCCUAUGCCUCCAUGAGUAUUUUCAGUACAAACCUGCUGCACAGCACGAUGAUUAUAGACCAGACACCAACAACACGCCGCUGUCUGGCACAGGGCCUGGCACAACAGUUUUUUGGCUGCUUCAUCUCCCGCAUGUCAUGGUCUGAUGAAUGGGUAUUGAAGGGCAUCUCGGGCUACAUCUACGGCCUCUACUUGAAGAAAACGUUUGGAGUCAACGAGUAUCGCCACUGGAUCAGGGAGGAACUGGACAAGAUUGUGGAGUAUGAGCUGAAAACAGGAGGCGUCCUGCUGCACCCAACAUUCGCAGGAGGAAAAGAAAAAGACAAUCCUACUCCGCACUUGCAUUUCUCCAUCAAACACCCACACACGCUGUCCUGGGACUAUUACAGAAUGUUCCAGUGCAAGGCACACCUGGUCAUGAGGCUGAUUGAAAACCGCAUCAGUAUGGAGUUCAUGCUACAGGUGUUCAACAAGUUGCUAAGCUUGGCCAGCACAGCUUCAUCACAGAAGUAUCAGUCACACAUGUGGAGCCAGAUGCUUCUGUCCACCUCUGGGUUUCUGAAGUCCAUUUCCAAUGUAUCAGGGAAGGACAUUGGGCCCUUGAUCAAGCAAUGGGUAGACCAGAGUGGAGUGGUCAAGUUUUUUGGAAGCUUUGUCUUUAACAGGAAAAGAAAUGUGCUGGAACUGGAGAUCCGUCAGGAUUACAUGUCUUCCGGCACUCAGAAAUAUGUGGGCCCCAUAAAAGUGACUGUUCAGGAGUUGGAUGGAUCCUUUAAUCACAUGCUGCAAAUUGAGGAGAACAGCCUUAAACAUGACAUCCCCUGUCAUUCCAAAAGCAGGAGGAACAAGAAGAAGAAAAUCCCCCUGAUGAACGGAGAAGAAGUUGACAUGGACCUGUCUGCGAUGGAUGCUGACUCACCCCUGCUGUGGAUCCGGAUUGACCCCAACAUGGCAGUGCUGCGUAAGGUGGAGCUGGCACAGGCUGACUUCAUGUGGCAGUAUCAGCUGCGUUAUGAGCGAGAUGUGGUGGCACAGCAGGAAGCAAUCGUUGCUCUGGAGAAAUUCCCUACAGCUGCCUCCCGCCUUGCCCUCACCGACAUCCUUGAGCAUGAGCAGUGUUUCUAUAAAGUGCGCAUGCAGGCCUGCUUCUGCCUGGCUAAGAUCGCUAACUCCAUGGUGAGCACGUGGCAAGGCCCGCCAGCCAUGAAGUCGCUCUUCACACGCAUGUUCUGCUGCAAGAGCUGCCCCAACAUUGUCAAGACCAACAACUUCAUUAACUUCCAAAGCUACUUCCUACAGAAGACCAUGCCAGUGGCUAUGGCUUUGCUCCGGGAUGUGCAGAAUCUCUGUCCCAAAGAGGUGCUCAACUUCAUUUUGGACCUCAUCAAGUACAACGAUAAUGGAAAGAACAAGUUUUCAGAUAAUUACUACCGUGCUGAGCUGAUCGGAGCCCUGACCAACUCCCUAACCCCAGCCAUCAGCAUCAACAACGAGGUGCGCACGGUCGACAGCCUGAAUCCCGACGUCAAGCUCAUACUGGAGGAAGUGACACGCUUUCUCAACAUGGAGAAACUGCUGCCCAGCUACAGAAACACCAUCACUGUUAGCUGCCUGAAGGCCAUCAGGAUGCUGCAGAAGAACGGCCACAUACCCAGCGACCCGAGCUUGUUUAAAGCCUAUGCAGAAUAUGGACAUUUUGUGGAUGUGAGAGUUGCUGCACUUGAAGCCGUGGUCGACUAUACAAGAGUUGACAGAAGCGCUGAGGAGUUUCAGUGGCUGCUGGAUAUGGUACAGAGUGAUCCUGUGCACUAUGUCAGACACAAAAUUUUAAGCAUGUUGUCCAAGAAUCCCCCUUUCACAAAGACAGCAGAGUCUCCGUUGUGCAACGAGGCUCUCGUGGACCAGCUAUGGAAACUGAUGAACUCUGGUACCUCCCAUGACUGGCGUUUGCGCUGUGAUGCUGUGAACCUGUAUCAUACUUUAUUUGGUCUGACCAGGCCCUCAUGUCUACCUCUGCCAGAACUUGGCCUCGUCCUUAAUCUGAAGGAGAAGAAGGCCGUCCUGAAUCCCACCAUCAAAUCAGAUCAGGAGGGUCCAGAGCUCGCACCUGAGAUUGUCUUCACUGGCAGUGUUAAGGAAGAGCAUGUUGUCAUGGAACCGGUGUUGGGCAGCAUAGCCCUCACUCCGCAGGGCCUCAAGAGAAAAGCGGAGACUCCUUUGGCUUCGCCCCCUGAACCUGGACAGGUGCUGCAGGACGAACCCCCAGUAAAAAUGUCUACCAAGAGUCGAUUUUCCAUGCAAGAGGAUGAGGAUAUUGACAUGGACACUGUUCAUGAUAGUCGAGCAUUUAUCUACCAUCACCUGAACAUGCUGGAUAGGCCGUCAACACCAGGUCGAGAGCCUCCUGUUGUGGAGCAGACUGUUAUGCCCAUGCCAGUCACACCUGUCCCAACCUUUGGUAAGGAGGGAGCUUCCUCCUCCUCCUCAUCCAAGCACCACCACCAUCACCACCACCAUCAUCAUGAGCACAAGAAAAAGAAGAAGAAGCACAAACACAAGCACAAGCACAAACACAAGCAUGAGAGCAAGGACAAAGAAAAGGACCGUGAUCUCCACAGCUUUAACAGCCCAGCGAGUGGGCGCUCACCCUCGCUGUCUGAUUGAUCCAUCUUAAAGCUUAGUAGGAGAAACACCUUCAUGACUAAUCAGUGAUUAAUGAAAUUUCCAUUUGUCUAUAAUCCACCCAUCUCCUGAUCUCAAAAUGUUGUGGAACUCUUUGUUGGAGCUUAUUUUUACUACAGGAAAAAGUCAUGACAAAGCAAGUAAAUGUUGCAACUGGUUAUGUGAUACUGUCAGUUGCCCUAGUUUUAGCACAUGGUUAAAUUGAGCAAACGUUAGCCAAUCCACUUUGCAUUUAAAGUAAGCAGUAUUUCCAGCAAUAUUUUCUCUAAGCGUUAACAAUAGUAACGUUUUAAGUAAAGUUACUAUUUAAUAAUUAGAUCAGUAGAUAGGUAAAAUUCUCUAUAAUAAAGUUCCAUUAGCUUUCAGUGAAGCUAUUUUAUGCUGCCCAGUUCAGCUUAAUUGUGGUGCUGAGUUUAGAGUAACCAGCCAAAUCAUGUGCUAACAAAAUAAUCCCACAAACAGUUAAACAAUGUUGAGUUGUAUUGUAUUUUAUUGACAUUUUUAUAGAGUGAUUGCAUACUACCAUAAGUGUGUAGCAAAGAGCAUUCCAAACUAGUCAGACUGAAACUGGUUUCUGUAUCGGACCUCUGCAAUACAAUACUAUUUUUGUGUUAAACGUUUAUAUAAUGACCUGUUUGUCAAUGUUUUUACAAUGAAAAUGUACAAACCUGGCAACACUGGGAUUAUGUAUUGUUUAUUUUUUCAGAUUCUGCCUCGUCUACAUGUAUCUGGUUGUAUUACAUAAUCCAUAAUGUCAUAAUUUUUUCUGCUUUGAGAUGCCAGCUUUGUCCAUCAGUUGCCCCACAAAUAAGGUCCCAUUAUGGACAAAACUUUAGGCUCCGGUUGGGUGGAAGGCUGCUGCAGUAGUGUCUGAAUCUGAGGUUUUAUAGGGUUGUUUUUUUAUUUCUGGAAAUUUGUAGAUGAAAUAAAUGAUCUUGUAUCUUUUAUAAAAAGUAAUAUGGAUUUUUUUUU